AUGUUGAGAAAUCUGAGAGGAAGAUUUCUCCUCUUCUCGAGCAACGCCACAAAGGUGCGAUACUCCACUUGUUCAGCCGCUAUUACACUUUCCGAUGAACAAUCCUCCUCUGUCUCUCUCCCUGAUUCCCAGAACAUACCCGAAUCUCCUCACGUCUCCGUCUCUCGAGACACAAGAGAUUAUAUUUCCACAAUCCUCACCUGCAAAAACGUCUCAGAGGUUGGGAAAAUCCACGCCCAAGUAAUCAUCAACGGCUUCUUACAAGACCUUCCCGUCGCAAACAAGCUCCUUUACAUAUACUCGCAGUUCAGAGCGAUAGCUUACGCAGAGAAACUGUUCGAUGAAAUGACCGUUAAGGAUUCCGUCUCCUGGAGCGUGAUGGUUGGUGGGUUUGCGAAAACUAAAGAUUUCGUCAACAGCUUGCGAGUUUUUAGAGAGAUUCUUCGAUCAAGUUUGAAUCUUGAUAACUACACGUUGCCGAUAGUGAUUAGGGUUUGCAGAGAGAAGAGAGAUGUUGUCGUAGGUAGGUUGAUUCAUGAAGUGGCGUUGAAGUCUGGUAUGGAUUUGGACUGUUAUGUCUGUGCUGCGCUUGUUGAUAUGUAUGCCAAGUGUGGAGAGAUCGGUGAUGCGUGUAAACUGUUCGAUGAAAUGCCUAAGAGAGACCUUGUGACUUGGACGGUGAUGAUUGGUGCGUGUGCUGAUUCAGGAAGGCCUGAUGAGUCGUGGGUUUUGUUUGAAAGGAUGAGAAAUGAAGGGAUUGUUCCUGAUAGAGCCGCUGUUGUCACCAUUGUUAACGCUUGUGCUAAGCUUGGAACUUUACACAAGGCGGUGAUACUUCAUGAUUACAUCAGGCUGAUGAAUUUUCCUAUUGGUGUGGUUCUUGGAACAGCUUUGAUCGAUAUGCAUGCUAAAUGUGGGAACCUUGAUGCUGCGAGAGAGAUGUUUGAUUCGAUGAAGGAGAGAAAUGUUAUCUCGUGGAGUGCGAUGAUUGCAGCUUAUGGGUAUCAUGGGAAAGCAACGAUGGCUCUUGAGCUGUUUCAUUUGAUGGUUGGUGAUAGAAGGUUACCUCCUAAUGAGAUCACUUUCGUUUCACUGCUUAAUGCUUGCAGCCACGCAGGGUUUGUCAAAGAGGGCAUGGAGAUAUUUGAUUUGAUGACAAAGUAUGGCAUUAAGCCAAACGUGAAACACUAUACUUGUAUGAUUGAUCUCUUGGGUCGAGCUGGUAGGCUCAAUGAAGCUAGUAAGAUGAUUGAAACCAUGGCGAUAGAAAAAGACGAAACUUUAUGGGGUUCUUUUCUCGGUGCUUGCAGGAUUCAUAAGAAUGUAGAAAUGGCUGAGAAAGCUGCUAGAUCCUUGCUUGAGCUACAGCCACAUAACUCAGGUCACUACAUUUUACUCUCUAAUAUCUAUGCAAACGAUGGUAAGUGGGAGGAGGUUGCUAAAGUUAGAAACUUGAUGAACCAACGAGGUUUAAAGAAGGUCCCUGGUUAUACUUGGAUUGAAGCUAAUAACAGAACACAUAGGUUUAAGGUUGGGGACAGGACUCAUCCUAAGUCUAAGGAGAUUUAUGAUGCUCUCAAGGAUUUGACUGAGAAGCUUGAAGAGGCAGGUUUUGUCCCUGAUACAAACUUUGUGUUGCAUGAUGUCGAUGAAGAGGUUAAAGUUGGGAUGCUAUCUUUACAUAGUGAAAAGCUAGCGUUAGCGUUUGGUUUGAUCUCGACUCCUGAAGGUAGUCUCUUGAGGAUCACAAAGAAUCUCAGAGUUUGUGGUGACUGCCAUAACUUUUUCAAGUUUGCAUCAUUGGUUACAAGGCGAGAGGUUAUUGUAAGAGAUGCAAACCGGUUCCAUUGCUUCAAGGAAGGUUCUUGUUCAUGUGGAGACUAUUGGUAACUUCAAGUUGAAUCUUGAUACCAUGGUUAGAUCCAGCUGAAAUUAUAUUCGAUGUAUCUCCAAAAUUAUAUACUAUUUUUU